AUGGUCAACAGAACCAAGAAUAUUGUGAUCAGUUUGUUAUCUGUGGUAGUGGUAAUUGGGUCAGUCGAGUACUUCAAGAUCUGGACCAAGGAAAAUUAUGAUACCAUGCACUGUUACACCAGAGUUAAUCCAGUGGUGGAUGAUUCCAAAGUUCAUAAAAUUACCGUCAAUGGUACGAUCUCGUGUGAUGUCAAAGCCCAAAAUUUGCAGAUAAACAAGAAGUUGACCAAAUUGAAGGCCCAGCAACAAGACGUAACCUACUCUUACUGUGUUAAUGAUGAUUCGAGCGCUGAGAAAGUCAUUGACAAAGUAGUUGCCUACUAUGCUGAUCAAGAUAAUGAGUUGGGAUUAAGCGAGUAUUGCACUGGUAGCAUUGUCCAAUUAUUAUGA